ACAAGGCGCGAGCACUGCAAGCAAAAAAUGGUGCAUUCACUGUGUACAUGUACAUAUGUAGACAAGUACAAAAGUUCUAGGCCUACAUUGUACAUCAUUCAUAGUGUACUGGACAUCCAGGUGCAUCGAAGGUUUGGUAUUUGAAUUUUGAAAUAGAGAAGCGUAAUGGCGACGAGUGAAGUCCCCAAUGAUCGGCUCCGAUCUUCAGUUAGUAGCCAUGGAAGUAUGGACGGAUCGGGGAUAAAACAAGAACAGUUUCGUUCUAAAGCGAUUCUGCCGUGGGACAGACUGUCCAACUGGCUCCACUGUGUCUGCGUAGUCACAUUCGAUUUGGAGUUAGGUCAAGCUUUGGAGUUUGUCUACCCAAGCCAUGUGAAACUAUCUGAGAAGGAGAAAAUGAAUGUAUGCUACCUGUCAUUUCCGGACUCCAAUUCAGGUUGUAUGGGAGACACACAGUUCAACUUUCGAAUACGCCAGUGCCACAGCAGACCCCACUCCUACAACAACAGGAAAGUGUAUGAUAGGAACAGUCCAGUUACAUUACAGAGUGAUACUGGCCAUUACUAUGGCUUUGUGUUCUUCCGACAAAUCAAAGACAAAACAUCACGGAGAGGCUAUUUCCAAAAAUCACUGGUACUUCUGUCAAAGGUUCCCUACAUCACACUCUUCACACGUCUUGCCAGCAUCAUUGCACCUGGAUAUUUUGAGUAUGGGGAACCAUCAGUAGAAGCUGCAUGUCAUGACAUUGACCAAUGGCCACCACCAGCACCUGGGCAGCUUUUACAUCUGCCUAUCAUGGGCAGAGUAUUACAGAUAAGAAUACCAACAAAGCAGGAUAAGCUAGGAUCCAUAUCUGCAGCUGUCAAGACAACACCAGAGCAUGGUGGUUCUCAGCCAACCAUUGUGCCAUCUGUUCAUGAAGUGGAGCCUUUUCGUUGCCUGCAACCAGUCUUACCACAUAUACAGCUCAUAUGGGAAUUAAUACUUACUGGAGAGCCUGUUGUUGUCAUGGCACCCUCACCAUCUAUUUGUUCGGACACAGUUCAUGCAUUGGUCCAUUCUAUCUCACCACUCCGCUAUAUGUCUGACUUCCGGCCGUAUUUCACCAUACAUGACAGUGAAUUUAAGGAAUACACUACAAGAACACAAGCGCCUCCGUCGAUUGUACUGGGUGUAACUAACCCAUUCUUUGCCAAGACGUUGCAACACUGGCCUCAUGUAAUCCGGAUAGGAGAACCAGUAAACACAGAGAAAUCUAACUCCAAGAUGUUGAAACCAAAGAAGCCAGGUAGCCUGAAGACACUUGAGUCUAAGCCAGGGUUGUAUACACAGUACAAACCCUUCCUGAACAAGGACAAAACAAUUAUUAAGAGAUUGGCAAAGGGUUUGCAAACCAAACGACCUCAGGAAGUACAAGAUGCCAUGCUACGACGGCAUCUACUGGAACUGACACAGAGCUUUAUGAUUCCACUAGAGAGAUAUGUAGCUAGCCUGAUGCCUCUGCAGAGAAAUAUCUCACCAUGGAAGCAUCCUCCACGAUUGAAGCCCUUUGAUCCAGAGGCAUUCUUGAAGACAUUGGAACAUUCUGGUCCUCAGCUGACUUCAGGUCUCAAAGGAGACUGGAUUGGCCUCUACAGGAAGUUCUUCAACAGCAAGAACUUUGAAGGCUGGUUGUGGCAGCGUCAAGUGGAGGUCAACCACAAAUUGUCAGUGUUGCAUCUGGAGGCUUUGUGCAAUGCUGAUCUGCUGCAGUGGACCAGCGACAAGCAAGAGGUCCAGGUCGUUGACCUUGUACUCAAACUCAGGGAAAAAAUGGCUGACAUAUUGGACCAAAAUCUUCAGGUGAAACCUGAACUGGAACAAAAACUGACUGUACACAUUGAUGCCAUCAUAAGGACACUACCUGCUGACUUACAGGCAGUGCUCAACAGCCAAUAGGGAAGUGCCUAGAAUGAAGAACAGCCAACAAGAAUGCACCAGUUAGGACCUGUCAGACGCCAUUGAGGUCAUUCGCUGAUUGGUCAGAACAAUACCAUUGGUACGGGCUUAACAACUCCUGAGACAGAAUCUUGGUUAGGAAUGAAAAGGAUUAUGGCCGAGUCAAACAGAUAGGACACAAAGGGAUGACCAUUAAAGGGUGUAGUGACAAUUGUAUAUUCAUGUCAACCGAUCACCGCAAACUAUUUCAACUGCACCCCAGAAGUUAUCGACAAGGGUCAACCGAGGGUGUUUUGUAAUAAGCCUGCACCAGCUGUAUUGCUUGAUGUGCUGGAGACAUACUAUCAUUCAUGUUGAAUGAAAGAAAAUGGGACUUGCAGACAUAAGGGAGAUUUUGCAUCUUGCAAGAACUAAUGAGAUGCGCAUUUCCAGUAUUUUAAGAAACAAGGUGUGGCUUUCUUCAGUGCUAAGGUUGUGACUGGACUGUUUGAGUGUGUUCACCACAGUCAGUGAUAUUGAAGAACUACACCAGGUUUGAGCAGAUGUGUGCUACCAGCCUACAGAAGUGCUUUUAUGAAUUUAAUGACAUGCUGGAAAGUUUAUUGUACCUAAUGAAACUUAGCCGAGCUGAUAUGAAGGUGAGGAGGGGGAAAGGGGCAGGGUAGAGGAGAAAUCCCCUCGCCCAAAUAAAUGAAUUAAUAAACAUUUUGGUUAGUAUUUGAAAUGCCUGAAUAUAAUUACAAAUGUUUUGCAUACAGUGUAUUUACUUUGCAAUGAUCAUUGUCAACAUUUUUAUAAAUUAUCCAGAGUUCAGUGCAUGAAUAAGAAUGCAUGUGCAUAGACAAACUCUGUUUCUUGUACUGUUUUCUGGUUGUCCACAAAACUAAAUGUGCGAAUCAAUCUCUUCUAAAUUAAAGCUUAUGAUGAUUAUAUGCAGCAGUUUACAACGACUGUUGUGAACAAUUUGAACUGGUUAAUGAAUAGUGACCUCUGUAUUAACGCAAGUGGUUACCAGGAGUCUUGGGCACCAUAAGAUACGUAUUUUCAGAGCUAUUUUUAUGACAUUAACGUCAGCAUAAAUGCAGAAGAUACACUGCAGAUUUAAGUUAAGUUCCACUUUUUAAUCUUGAACCAUCUACUAAACCUCAGUAUUUUCCUUUGAAGUAAAUGGUAUUUUAGAUGCAACUGUGUACAUACCUUCAGACACUCUGAGAUGCCAUUGUAAAACUCUGAGAGAAAAUCUGGUGGGUUUUUACAAAACAUUUACAAACCUUUUAUUUGCACAAGAAAUUGUGCCAAACUGAUGUGUCACACAUAUGGAAUUUUAAGGGGAGUUUGAGGGAAACCCAUGAUAAUGACUGAUCACAUUGCAACUAUCCAUUGCAAGCAAUGUACUUGUGUGUUGUCUGUCAUACAGUUGUAUUCAGUCAUUUCAUGUUUUUUGAAGCCCAAAUUUCAGACAAAAUGUUGUCAUCCAAAAUACAUGAUUGACUGAAUUACAAACAUUAUCUUCCAUAAUCUUCAGCUCCGUGUAUGAUAAGUGUGGUAAAAUGUCCCUAGAUAUGAAUGUCUGUAAAUAGACCUGUAACAUAAUGGCAUUAAGCUUUGUUUACUUGAGCACUUUCCUAUUCCAAAUAAGGUAGGAUAUGACUCGUCCAGCUCCUAAAGGAAAGCACACAUGUGAACAAAGAGUGACAUCAUUGUUUAAGGUCUUAUUCUCAUCAUGUCCUUUUCAACAAAAUUACAUGCAGUGAAGUAAGCAACUUGUGUUUCAGGAGAUUUUAACUGAAAAUCUUGUGGUGAGAAUCUCUAAUUUUUAAUGCGUCACAGAUUUUUCUCAUGUGAAUGAUGCAAGAUUACAAUGUGUGAAUAAUGCAAAACAUGAUUAUCCAGCUGACUGCCUCUUCUGAGCAAUUAUGCACACAGUUUAUUUAUUUGUAAAUAUGCUAAAAAUUUACAGAAUUCACACAUAAACACGGCUUGAAAGUGAACGCAAACAAAGUUGACUUUGCAAAUAUUUGCAGUAAAAUUGGCCAAUCCUAGAAUGUGUUAACUGCUUUCAAAUUUGUCGUGUUGCCAUGAUGUCACAAAUUUGCAUUUAUUCACUCUUAGCUUGAACUGGCCAGAAAACUGGUCUUAACUUAGACUUUCAGAGCAUGCUGAUAUUAAAGAUUUAAACUGCAGUUUUGUCCAAAUUUACACGUACAGUAUCUCAUGUUCAGGUUACAUGCCAUUAUUUUGUUCAUUGAUAUCUCAUGUGUUUGGGUUAUUUUAGGGUAGCGUAGCUUUUUUAUGCAAUUGCCAUACAAAAUAACUAUUUUGUUCGUUGUGAAUUUUGAAUAUUUUUUGCAAAGACAUUAUAUUUGUUUUGGGCAGAUUAACAAAAACCUUGCCUUUUAUGCAGUAUCUUUUUAAUCUUGUAAACUACUUAACUUGAAAAUGGUUCAAAAGCUGCCUUUCCAUUUCAGUGAUUUUUCUGUCCAUUUAGUAGCAAGGCUCAUAGUGUGGAGCACUUUAGCAAAGUGAUACAAAAAUCAGCCAGGGAAUUCACCUGUGGAAAGACAGCUUGUAUUCUGUCAAAUUAUGCAGCAAGUUAAGUGUACCACAGUGGCUAUGUUUGUAACAGGUACAUCACCAGUUGGCAUCUUGCACAAAAUGCCACCGUUGGAACAUGUCUGAUGAAGUCUCAGAACCAGUGCCGAAGAAGCCAUUUGUAAGUUAUAUUUGAAUAAAAUCUGCGUUAUCUGACUGCACAUAAACAUAACAAUUUGAAUUCCCAAGACUUAAGACACUGUUGCUAUGCCUCGUGAUUCAGGGUUAGAUUUUGCAUAGCACCCACCAUCUCUGGAAUGGACUAGUUCCUUUGUGCCCUUCUUAUCCACUGAAAACAGUGUAUUAUUGCAGGGUGUC